UAGCCCGUGGGCUAAGGCCACAGCGAACAGCUGCGCCACGCUCGGCUGCUUUGACGCCCCUCCCUAAUCGGUACCGGGUGGAAAAGGCGAGGUGUGGAAGCUGCAAACUCGCCGCUGGCUCGACGGAGGGACAAAACCGUUAUAUCCAGAGGGGGAAGGAAGUCGCUGGAUUUUUCUUCCCGAAAACCAGCUUGAGACCCUCCAGAAAAAGAACCCUCCUCCUUACUAUCUGGCAAACUCCGAGGCUCAGAGCCGUAAGGAUAGCCGAGAUGGAGUCAAAAACAACCCAGCAUUUCUCUUACGGAUCCGUCCGUCCAUCCGCUCUUUCUCCAACAGUCGAUUAACCGGUCGAAUUUGCCUCCGUUUCUCUGGCAGUUGUCAGAAGGAAGAGAGUCGGUCGGGGUUCUCUCCAUUUCUUGUUCCGUUUUCUUCCACAUGUUGAAUUGGGAGAAUCGGAAGCCAGCCUCUUGGUGUGUGUGUAUAUUUUGCAACAAGCUCUUUGCCCUGCCUGCAAAGAUCAGAUUGCAAAAGGGAAAAAAGGAAGAAUCGUUAAAGCACCCACACACCCCUCAGAUUAGGCCUGAUCUUGGCAUCCGGCUGUUGAACCAUCAUCCUUCUUCCCUAAAGUGCAAAAAGAGCGAGCGACAGAGAAGGAGCCGAGCCGCUGCCAAGUUGCUCGACAGCUCCUCUAUCCCAUCCCAUGCUUGUGACACGCAGCAGUAGCGGCAAAGUAAGGCAACUGUAAGGCGGCGGCAGAGGAGGCGCCCUGCGGAGACCUCCCUUCCCGGGCAAAGAGCGCAGGAGGCGCCGGGCCGCCCAGCGUGGAGCGCAAAGGGGAGCGCCCUCGCGCUCAGUCGACGCCCGGCCCGACGAUGGCGGGUCCUCCUUCGCUGCUGCUUCCUCACGACUAAGUGGCGCCGUUGGGAGGACGGAGGCUGCCCCCUCCCGCCCCGGGCGGCGGAGUGGUUAUGCGCGGGCAGAGGCGGGAUGGCCUCGGCCGUGUUUGAGGGCACCUCGCUGGUGAACAUGUACGUGCGGGGCUGCUGGGUGAACGGCAUCCGGAGGCUCAUCAUCAACCGGCGGGGGGACGAGGAGGAGUUCUUCGAGAUCCGCACCGAGUGGUCGGACAGGAACGUCCUCUACUUGCACCGGAGCUACUCGGAUCUGGGCCGCCUCUUCAAGCGCCUGCUCGACUCCUUCCCCGAGGAUCGCCCCGAGCUGUCACAGUCCCCGUUGCUCCAAGGGCUAAUCACAAUUAAAGAGUCUCACGAUAUAGAAGCCAGGCUUAAUGAAGUAGAGAAGCUUCUCAAGAACAUUAUAAAUAUGCCUUGGAAGUACUCUAGAUCUGAAGUUGUCCUCACCUUCUUCGAAAGAUCUCCUUUAGAUCAGGUGUUAAAAAAUGACAACGUCCAUAAAAUUCAACCAAGCUUUCAAAGUCCAGUUAAAAUAUCUGAAAUCAUGAGAUCUAAUGGAUUUUGUUUAGCCAACACUGAAACAAUAGUUAUUGAUCAUAGUAUACCAAAUGGGAAAGAAAAACACCUAGAUGUCGAUUCAGCAGAACAUUUGUUUGAAAAUGUUACUGAACUUACCUCAGAGCUUGAGGGCAAUGAAGACCCAGCAGCUUAUGUCACCAACUUGUCAUACUACCACUUGGUUCCAUUUGAAACAGAUAUUUUGGACUAAGACUGUCAAACAAGCUUCAUUGCUGACACAUCAGUUGAGCAUCUUUACUUGUGGUGUUCACCAUCUCAUAGCUUUGCAUCUGUCAUGCAUGCUAAAGGAGUGAGAUGCAAGGCAGAAAAGGGCUCGCUACAUAUAUAUGUCUGGAAGCUGAUAUUGCUGCUUGGUGAUCAUUGUGGCUCCUAGAGGCAGCUUGCAAAGAUGCAGUUCCCUUCUAAUGGACAAAGCGACAUUCAUUUUGCCAAAAGGAAUGAAGCAGUGACAUCCAGAGCUAAAUAGACUCAAGGAAAUACACAAUAUAACCGAAUCAGCAGCUGCCACAAUGUUGACAAAUCAUUGGCGACGGUGCAAAAACCAGCAGCGCCAGUUCUUACUGAUACACAGUAAAACUUACAAAGACUAUCUACAUUUUUUCUCCCUCAUGCUGUCUCUGAUCAUAAUUACAUUUUUAACCUUUUCCACUGAAAGGCCUCCUAUGUUUGGUUUUCAUUCCUUAGAAUGACAACUUAUAACAAGUGUCAUGGUAGAUUGUUCAUUGAGAGAUGCCUUAUGUCUUGUGUGCCUACAGGAAAUAAGCACAUAAAUUGAUUGCUUUAUUUAACUUAUUCUAAGCCUGUAGUUUUAUUUAAUCAUCUGAGGGCCUGUCUUUUUCACUUGAAAUAAUAAUUUUUAAUAAUAAUAAUAAAAAUAAUAUAGGAAGCAAGUACAUUACAUCCCAAGCUGGGGAAGGUGGAAGAAGUCUAUAAUUUUUAGACUCUGCCUGAUUUUUGGAGCCUUCUGCUAGAAAUGCUGUUAGAAUCCCCACCUUCUAAACCAAGAAAUGUUAGCAGUUCUCAGUAUUAGUGUUUUCACUAGUGGGGUGCAAACCUUUGUGUAACUUAGCUCUCUAAGGCAGGGAUUGGAAACUUGUGGAUCACCAGAUGUUGCUAGACUGCAACUCCCAUCAUCCCUGACAAUGGCCAUGGUAGGACUAAUGGGAGUUGGCGCCCAACAUCAUCUGCAGGGAGCAUGGGCUGCCUGCUCCUGCUGUAGGGGAAGGAACACGUGACAUUUGCCAUAAAAAGGCUGCCAAAAAUGACCUACCUUUGGCGAAUGAUACCUAUGUAUAGAUAGAACUACUAAGGAACACAGAGUGGAAUUUCACAGCAUGAUGGUGCAGAUCCAUGUUGUAAGUAGUUCUGUCUAUUAUGAGCAGGGCAGGAAUCAUGCACCAGGGAGAGGUUGUUUUCAGUAGCAAAACUAAUGGCAACUGCACCAUGUGCUCCAGUCCUAAGAUCCAUCUCUUCUUGCAUAAGGUAGUUUCAUAGCAUACAACACCAAUUUUAGUACAGCAUUCGUAGAGAAUGGACAGUUUGCCCCUAUCUGCUGAAACGUUCCUUUAUGGCCCCCAUUACUCAUAAUUCUUCUGCACUCAAAAACAAGUUUAGACAUCCCCAUGUGGAUGUUAUAAAGCUAUGAUACUCCAAUAGACACAUGUUCCUUCAGCCCACACCCAUACAAAACUGCACUAACACGCCAUAGCAUUAGCCCUGCUUGUCUUCUAGGGUUGGUAGUUUGACUGAAAUAGCUGCAUAGCAAGCAGAGGUUUGCAUGAUACAGUUUCUUCCGCCCAACACACAGCAGUAACAAGGAACAGUUGCACCUGGUGAACUUCUGUGUACAGCCAUUGAGGGCACAAGGGCAAUCUUGAAGGUCAUGAUAGCUGCAGCUGAAUCAUCCCUUCAGAUUGCCACUGGCUGGAGUAAAGAGUAAGGAGGUGGGACAGAGACUUGUUCCCUAGAUUUACGGAAGGAAGUGCACUAUGGAUAAGAAGGAAGAACCACUUCUGCUGCAAUGGUAGUGCACUCUGUUAACAUGAAACAUUGGAUGUAAUAGUAGAAGCAGGCCUUAAAGCCUUUUAAUUACAGAAUGGUGCUGUGUUAAGGUUGAUUUUGGCUUCAGCUCAUGGGAUGGCAAAGUUCCCACAGCAUUCACCACAUAUUAUGACUAAAUUGUUUAAUAAAGGUAUAUCUAAACUAUAGUUCUCAACUGGUUUAAUAGUCAUUCCCUCUCCCCAGGGAACAUGAGGAAUUGUUUUUCUGCAAGCAAGACUAAAGACUGCACUCGCAGCAAACUACAAUCCCCAGAGGAGAGGGAAAUGGCAGUUGAAUUGGUAUAAAACUGAUACAGGUUUGUAGUGGAAUUGCCAGAAUUUAUGACAGGAACGGGGAAAAAAGAAUACAUUCCAAGUUAUUUUUGUUCCAUUUGAUUUUUUCCCUCAGCCCUGAAGAAUAUGGUACAUCUCCCCCUUUUUCUGUGAACCUCUCAGUAUUCUUUUGUAUAAUAAUUGUAAAACAAAAUUUGCUAAUGUAAAUAGCAAUAAAUUAUUGAGAACCCUUUUUACAAGAUGUUUCCCAUAUAUUUUAAUGAAAUAAAAUAAUCGUU